UGUGAAACUCUGGAGCUCGUCAGUGAGCACUUUAACACCGGGGGGAAAUCAGCAAUAAGGAAUAUCUGCCCCGUGCGCAGGUAAAGGGUUAAAGCGCGAGCGCUCGGGAUGCGCUAUAGCGAAGGGGCGGGAGGAGGAGGAGGGCGCGAGCUCUCGAGACAUUGUCAUGUAAAGAGGGACCACCGCCUCGCUAUUGUCUCGCGGACUGCCAAGUUUAUUAUAAACGCUGCGCGAGCUGCACCGGGCGGAGCAGAGCAGAGCGCGAGACAGAGACAGACAGACAGCGAGGGAGACAGAAAGCACGAGCGCGCAGAAGACUGUGGAUGUGCAUUUGGAGCGAGAAAAGAACCGAGAGUGACUGGAGAAAGUCAAACCCCGAUCACCGACCACACCGUCACCGUCACGCGCCGGAAGGAGUGAAGUUAAUUUCAUAAAGCUUAAAAAAGAACACGUGCUGCUGUUGGUGCCCGGUGCCCUCAGUACCAGUACCGUAACCAGCGGACCACCGACUCCACACGGAAAACCUCGCCUCGCGCACCCCGUCUCCACAUGUACAAAAUGGAUUAUUCGUACCUGAACACGUACGACUCAUGCAUGGCGGCGAUGGAGGCGUCGGCGUACGCGGACUUCAGCUCGUGCAGUCAGGCCAAUACAUUCCAGUACAACCCGAUUCGCACGAGCUUCGGUGCGAACCCAGGCUGUGCGCCACUCGGUACGGCCAGCUGCAGCCUCGGAGCCUUGCGCGAGCACCAACCGGCACCGUACACCGCGGUUCCAUAUAAAUUCUUCUCGGACCCAACCGGUCUGAAUGAGAAGCGGAAGCAGCGACGGAUCCGCACCACCUUCACGAGCUCUCAGCUGAAGGAGCUCGAGCGCGUGUUCGCUGAAACGCAUUACCCCGACAUCUACACCCGCGAAGAGCUCGCGCUCAAGAUCGACCUUACCGAGGCCAGAGUUCAGGUGUGGUUCCAGAACCGACGCGCAAAAUUCCGCAAACAGGAGCGCGCGGCCAACGCAAAGGGCGGCGGAAACACCGGAAACGCCAGUGUUACAUCCAAGAAACCGGGCGAGGCGCGCGCAUCCUCCGAGGACGACGAAUCUAAAGAGUCCACAUGCAGCCCGACACCGGACAGCACGGCGUCUUUACCCAGCUCGGCCAACACCACGGGCAGUCCGGGUGCGAGCAGCCUCAGCCCCAGUCCGUCUUCCGGCGGCUUUGGCAACGCUUCGAGCUCGCCGUCCAUGCACCACGCGCUCAAAUCUCCCGCGUGGCCCGGUGUCAAUUCUGCUGCUGCCGCUCCCGCUCCGGACCUGCUGAAGAGCUGGCAGCCCGGAGACAGCGCGAGCGCCGGACCGUUCGCCGGUGUGCUCUCAUCCUUCCACAGAAAACCGGGCGCGCUCAAGACCAACCUGUUUUAAACACACACACACACACACACACACACACACACACACACACACAACUUAGCGCGUAGUUUACUCUCCUCUCUCCACCACCUCCUGCUGAAUUUUAUUAGACUUUUUAUUUUAUUUUAUUUCCGUUAGAGCUGGACUCCCGGUUAUUAUUUAUAUGAUCAUUUUGGACUCUGUUUGAGUUUCUUUCUGCGUCACAAAUCACACAUCAUUCAGACUUUAUUCAGUGCGGUUUGGGACAGAGCAAGCUCGGGCUGUGUGUGAAACCGCGACAUGUUCACUACAUGCACUAGUGCACUCGUUUGAGAGAUUUAAAACUCUUUAAAAAAGCCUACAGUUGGUCCGCCUUCACUGUAGGGAUUAGGGAUUAGGGAUUAGGGAACAGGGCUCUGUUCACACAGGGCAGGUGUUCCCUUAUAUGCGCACUUAAGAGGGUCCCUAAAAAGAAGACACAUUCAUCCAUUCUAACUGAAAUAACCUGUCUCACAACCUGUCUGUCUCACAGCCGGUCUCACACAUUCACAAUUCACUUCAGUAGAUCUUUAUAAAUCCUAAAGAUUGAAGUUAAGGGUAGGGGUGGAGCUAGGGUGUGGUUAAUGUGGAGCUGGGGCGGGGUUAUGGGCGUGGUUAGCAUUCUUACAUUUUCUUGAGAAAUGAACAACACUUUCACUGAUUGAUUCAAAUCUGAAUGUAUUUCUUCACAAAACUUCACAGACACACUGAGUCGACACUGACUGCUCACUUUUGGACAUAAAGUACACUACUCAGACUGUAAAGAAUUAUUCUGAAACUAAUUUAAUAGAACUAUUUAGAAUUCUGCCGAUCGUCCAUUUUAAGUGCUGUAGUACAUUUCUGUAGCUCCCUACAUAAGUGUACUACUGCAUAGGGGACAGAAGUCUGUAUCUGUAGUUUGAUCAGUAUGGAGACAUUUGGGAAAAGGCCUUUAUUUGAGCGAGUCUCGGAGGACAGUUUACUGAACACAUUCAGGAGAAAGAAAGCGACUUCUUUUCCCGUUACAAAAGCUUUUGAGGAAAUAAAGAAGGUUCGAUCCAAUUAGCAGCACAGUGUUCCUCACUGGGGCACGUCCUAAACCGCUCACCACUCCCUCGCUACACUCAAGAAGUUCUUUAGACUCAUGCCAUGAAGAGAAUGAUUUUUAUUUUUUUUUUAUCGUUCACAACGCUCAGUUAACACUUCCACAAACAGAAAUAUGGUACAACAUUUAUUCUUCACUUCAUCAAAAGGUUCUUUAAAGAACCCCAAAUGGUUUCUCUGUAAGUUUUUGUAGGCUACAUGGAGAAUUUUAAUAAGACUGAAUCCUACAGCUGGUGUAGUGCACUGUGUGUCUAACACAGAACCUGGAAUGGCUGGUUAUUCAGUUAUUGUGCCUCGGGUCCAUUCUGAGAUUCAGCCUUUAAUUCAGGAAAAUCUCACACUGCAUCAAAUGAGCCGUUUAUCCUGGAACAAAGCGCGCAAUGCAUCAUGGGUAUCGGUAUCAUUUCUGUGACGUCACUGAUACAAUAACGUGGACUUUUCUUAUGGCAUUAGCACACGAAGCUAAGCUGUGUCCCAGUCUGCAGUGGUUCAUUCUGCUUUUCACUUUUCCACCAGUGUGAUUCCUCAAACUGAGCAGAUUAACACUGAUUUAUUGAAAUUAAGGGAAAAAACG